AUGCCGAUCGUGAUCGCGGCUUCAGGGAGACAGCGGCGCAAAGUUCGUUUUACUACCGCCAACCAAGCACCGAAGCCAGGAAACACGCAAAACCACCCCAUCCGGCCUAAGGUAUCAACAAGUGGUCGUUUGUCUGCUGCGUCUACAACGACAUAUACUGACCACCAGUCAUUGCCGAGACCCAACGACGAAAUGUGCGAACCACAAGUGCAACCCGGUGUGCCAGUUCUCUUCACCACGCCGCCUCUGCUCCUAGAUGCUUUGGUGACGGAAACUUCCGAGGUCCAAGCGGAGACGGUCAACAAAUGUUUACCUUUCUUGAAAGGCAUUCACAGCACCCAGAAUGGCCCUUUCAACCGGUUUGGCGUGCCCGCCCUCACGAGGGACGAGCAUGUAGCCUAUUUGUUCGACUCCCUAGAGGACUACCCAGAGGGGUUCGUUGCCAUGGAUGCCAGUCGGCCCUGGCUGGUCUACUGGGCCCUGGCAGCUUUGAGCCUUCUAGGUGAGGAUAUCAGUAGAGUCCGCGAACGUGUUGUCAAAUCAUUCAUACCCAUGCAAAACCCGACGGGGGGCUUUGGAGGUGGCCAUGGCCAAUUGUCCCACUGCGCUUCGAGCUAUGCUGCUGUACUUUCCCUUGCGAUGAUCGGAGGCGAAGAGGCAUACAGCCUAAUCGAUAGGGAGAAGAUGUGGAGAUGGCUUGGGAGACUGAAGCAGCCCGAUGGGGGCUUUAGAGUCUGCGAAGGUGGGGAAGAAGAUGUGCGCGGCGCUUACUGCGCGAUGGUCAUCAUAUCACUACUAGAUUUGCCACUUAUUCUACCCCCGGAAGCCGAAGCCAGACAACAUGGUCUGGAGACGUUCGAUAGUGGCCUCUCCGCAUAUCUUUCUCGAUGUCAAACAUUCGAAGGUGGGAUUUCCGGAAGUCCCGGGUCGGAGGCACAUGGCGCCUAUGCAUUCUGUGCUUUGGCCUGUCUGUGCAUCCUGGGCCAACCUGAAGUGACCGUGGCGAGGUGCAUGGAUGUCCCUCUUCUCUUGUCCUGGCUCUCUGCUCGACAGUAUGCCCCUGAAGGCGGCUUUUCGGGGAGAACCAAUAAGCUGGUUGACGGAUGCUACAGCCACUGGGUUGGAUCUUGCUGGCCACUGAUCCAAUCAGCGCUCGACGGAGCUCAACCGGCUGCAGGGCCCAAACAGAGCUCUGUGGGCAACCUCUACAGUCGGGAAGGCUUGACCCGAUAUAUCCUUGGGUGUUGUCAGGCCAAGUUCGGGGGUCUUCGUGAUAAGCCCGGAAAGUAUGAUUUGCCUCCGGAAAGUGUUGUCAAUGGCGCCUCUGCUGACUGA